AUGGCGCCUGCACUGCUUUCGGGCAUUCGCGGUCUGUUGGCAGGAAUUUAUGGGCCGCGGCAGCAAACAGACGGCUUGCGACGUGCCCCCGCAACAAGACUGGCGCGUCAAGGUACUGGGUACGCGAGCCUUGCCACGCCGCGGCCCAUCACUGGGGACUAUACGCAGUAUACCCAUCUCUGGAACCCGAACUUUCGCCCGAUGGAAAAACUCUGUCGACAUCCAUCAAAGAAGGUCCUUUUGCGACUUGUCUUUCCCCAAAGAGAACUGAAUAUCGUCUCGACCUUUUGUGUCCGCUUGACGUCGCUCUAG